UACUGGUCUCGUUGUUUUCGUAUCCUUUGCUCUUCGGUCGCUCUUUUCUCCACCCGUUGAUCGAAGUCGGUCUUGUUCGAAGUUGUUUGUGUCAGAGAAGCACAGCAUUGGUUAUUGCGGUGCUCCAACUACUAGUACGAGCCACGACCCUGAGACGGUCGCUAUCCGAGUUUCGCUCGCUUCGUCCGUCAUCAUAUCUCACUAGCUCAUCGCUGGUGUUCACUGUUGAACAGUAUCUAGAUUCUAGGCCUGGCACUCGAGUCGUUUAUCGCCCCGUCGCCUGCGCUCUCCUCGUGAAGAGAUCCAUCAAGUUCUACGGCCAGAUCAAAGGCAGCAAGAGUUGCAAGGAUCACAACACUUGACAGCUUGAGCGAAACUGUGUUCUACAACAAUCUCAAAAGGACAGCUCGUUCGCUACAGCACAAGUUCCGCGUUCUUCAAAUAUGGACGGUAAUAUGUUUGACCAAGGCCCAAAGAAAAUGGAUGAGCUCGUUUCAGAGACAGUAGGCGCAAAAAAGAAGCCGAAGAGAGCAUCGGCUUCUUCAUUCACUGACCAAGAGCCAGAUGGAGCUGUAUCGGAUGGCGAAGAUGGUGAUGAUGGCGAUGAGAUGGUCGUCGUCAACGGGGAGCCUGUGCCCAAGAAAAAGAAGACCAAAGGACGUGUCAAAAUUAAAAUGGAGUUCAUCAACAACAAGUUGCGGCGUUAUACUACGUUCAGCAAGCGGAAAACGGGUAUCAUGAAGAAGGCGUACGAACUGAGCACACUGACAGGUACUCAGAUCAUGCUGCUGGUCGCAUCAGAGACUGGGCACGUCUACACGUUUGCCACUCCAAAGCUGCAGCCCAUGAUCACGUCCGAGAGUGGAAAAGCUUUGAUCCAGACAUGCCUGAACACGCCCGACCCGCCGGCAGAUGAGCAAACCAGCAGAAUGGUCUCGACUGGGUAUGAAGAGACUGAUCUCGGCUACCCGGUUGACACGGAGGACGACAGCAAGCAGGCCUCUGAUGCUGAAUAUGAGGAUGCAGACAUGGUGGUUGCUCAUGAAGUUGCCACUAUCAAUCCAACUCACGAAGUGUCUUGCAUGGGUGUAACCCCACCACCUCCUCCGCUGAUGGGCAGCUCGGAAACCGGCGCACAUGGUGAACAGGCGCAUGCCAGUGUGUCGGCGAGUGCUACUCUAUCGCCACCUCAUGCACACGCCGUUGCUGCUGCUCAAGCUGAAUCCGUCAGAAGUAACAGCCAGCACGUCGUGACCAGCAAUCCAGGACGAGCCUUGACCGCUGGUAAUGCACACUCGGUUACAAGGGGCGGCGCUCAGUUGUCAACGCCAGCAGUGACCAGCCAGUACCAGCAACAACUGCAGCAGCAGCAACAACAAGCGCACAAUGCUAACAGGCUGGCAGCUGGAGCAAAUAAUCCUGUCGUGGGAGCAUCUAGUAUGCCAACAAACAACUUUAUGCCUCAAACCAAUGGCAUAUUGAUGUCGUCCCCAGGGAAGGCUAGGGUAGUACGAAGGUAGCGCUACUCGCAUAUUUAGGCCAGGUCAUGGAGAAAAAACAACUGAACCUGUUGUGAACCUGUAGUGUAUAUAAUGCUUGGUAAUGGUGCAGUCGUCUGCAAUGGAGUGCUGUGCAGAUGACAUUGUGUUAGUGCUAAUGUUGAAAUGUGUACCGUGACACAUGGAAUGCCAUGGCGCCCAUUGCCUGAUGAGUAAAGCAACUGCUAGUCUGCUACUGUACAUGCAAAGUUAGUUCAAUGUUCUAUCCGCUCUUAUGACAUUCUUCUCUACAUUCUUCGUCUCCGGGAUUUGGCAUGUGUUUGUGUUUGUCACUGUGGACUGCUUGUGUAAUGUUGCUGUGUAGUGAUUGUGGUAACAUGUAGAGUUGUGGAUACGCGAUAUUGAAACUGACAGGGGCUGCCAUUCACACGUUCAUGUACUCGUCUUGAUUUGUGUCUGUUGAUGUGUAAUCUGCUUGUAUAUAAUUAUAUGCUUUUAAUUUCUACCGCCCACGGCCGCACAAAGUCCUUGGCUACAAAAAAAAUUGAAAAUCUCUCCGAACCAAACUUCAAAUUAUUUUUGUAGCCAAGGACUUUGUGCGGCCUUGGGCGGUGGAAAUUAAAAUCAUGACAAGGCUACAGAGGAGUUACGCCAUUCUUAUUAUAUAUGCUUGUAUAUAUAAGUACUAGUUUUCGCUUGGAGUUUCACAAACCAUGUGAAAAUUACUUUUGUAAUAGACCGCUUCGAGCAAGGCCUAGUUUAAUUUUUUCUUUAUUACUUGGAGAGUUUGUUGCAUUACGCGGUACACCAUGUAUAUUGUGACCAGUCAUCUGUGUUCUUUGAUUUUCUAAUAGUCCAGAUCAUGAGUUGGUUUGUUUUGUCCAGUAUUUUUUUCUUCAACAACCGACGCCUGCACUCGGCAAACAGAGUGCACAGUAUUCGUCUGGAUUCUGA